ACCCCGGGGAGAAUCGUCGUCGUCCUCCUCCUCCUCCUCCUCCUGCCGCCGCCGCCGCCGCUGGUCUGCCCCCCUUUUGACACCGAGACGGGUAUUCGCCUCUUUGCAACGCCUCCAUCGCCUCCAUCCCGUUAAGCAGACUAAAGUCAUGUUACACUGGGGAUACGAGGAAGACAACGGACCUACUCACUGGAAGGAAAUUUUCCCCAUUGCUGAUGGAGACCGGCAAUCUCCCAUUGAUAUUCAUACCGAAGAGACUAAAUACGACCCCUCCCUGCUUCCUCUCAGCCCCAGAUAUGAUCCUUCCUCUGCUAAAGUCAUACUCAAUAAUGGACAUUCCACCAGUGUGGAAUUUGAUGACACUGAGAAUAAAUCAGUGCUAAGUGGGGGUCCACUCACUGGAAAUUAUAGGCUGCGACAAAUCCACUUCCACUGGGGGUCCAAUGAUAACAUUGGUUCUGAACAUGCCGUGGAUGGAGCAAAAUUCCCAGCAGAGCUUCAUGUGGUGCAUUGGAAUGCAGAUAAAUACCCCAGCUUCGUUGAAGCUGCUCAGCAACCUGAUGGGUUAGCAGUCAUGGCUGUUUUCUUAAAAUUGGGUGAAUGCAAUUCACAACUCAAAAAAAUCACAGACAAACUGGAUACCAUUAAAGUGAAGGGUAACCAGCACCGAUUCACCAAUUUUGAUCCUUCCUGUCUUCUCCCUCGUUCACUGGACUACUGGACAUACCUUGGGUCUCUCACAGUCCCUCCCCUUCUUGAGAGUGUCAUUUGGAUCAUCCUUAGGGAGCCUAUAAGUGUUUGCUCUGAACAGCUGGCCAAAUUUCGCAACCUCCUGUGUACUGGUGAAGGAGAGCAUGCCUAUUGCAUGCUGAAAAACUUCAGACCACCACAGCCUUUAAGGGGGCGGGAAGUAAGAAGAAAUUAAAGGAAGGAUAAUUUGCUAUAGUAGUUGACACUGUUAUGGAUGCAAAACCCAUUUAAAAUAUUGCCCUUAUUUUUUUUUUAAUUUGAAGCUUUCAUUUUUAAAUUGUAGGAAUUUUGAUGGAAAGAUUUGUAAGUAAAGUAGAUAGAGUAGGGUAG